AUGCUCUCCCGCUCCCUGCCCACCCACACCUCCCGGAUCAGCUUUCGCUCCUCCUUGACCCGGUUUUCCGCUAAGUCUAUUAAUACUGGUCUUCGCCCGACCGUGAAUCGAACCCUGGCGUCCAUCAACCACCCGAUUACCCCAACUGUUCCUGCGUCGCGCCUCUCCUCAAUUACCCGACACUUUUCCUCUUCCACUCCCGUCCUCGAGAGCAAAACUUCCACAAUGGCCCCUACAGAGCAACAAUAUGAUUACAUCGUCCUAGGCGGUGGUAGUGGCGGUAGUGGUAGCGCCCGUCGCGCAGCUGGCUGGUAUGGCGCAAAGACCUUGAUCGUGGAAAGCGGCCGGUCCGGUGGUACCUGUGUGAAUGUUGGUUGUGUCCCCAAGAAGAUGACCUGGAACGCCGGAACUGUUAACGAGACAAUCCACCUGGGCAAGUACUACGGAUACGAUAUCCCCGAGGGUACCAAAUUCAACUACAAGCAAUUCAAGGAGGCCCGCGAUGCCGAGAUUAAGCGCCUUAAUGGCAUUUACGAGCGCAACUGGUCCAAGGAAGGCAUUGAUCUUGUCCACGGCCGCGCCCGCUUCGUGGAGCCCAAGGUCAUUGAGGUUGUUAACACCGAUGGCACCACUGCCCGUUACGCUGGAAAGCACAUUCUGCUCGCGACCGGUGGCCGACCGAACAUCCCCGACGUUCCUGGUGCUGAGCACGGAAUCACCAGCGACGGCUUCUUCGAGAUCGAGGAGCUCCCGCCUAAGAUCGCUGUUGUCGGCGCCGGCUACAUUGCUGUCGAGCUUGCCGGUGUCAUGAAUGCCAUGGACGUUGAGACUCACAUGUUCAUCCGUGGCGACCAGUUCCUGCGCAAGUUUGACCCUAUGAUCCAGAAGACCAUGACCGAUCGGUAUGAGGCGGCCGGUGUCAACCUGCACCGCCACCACUCCGGCUUCAAGGAGAUUAAGCUUAUCCGUGACGGAAAGGGCGCGGACCGUUUGAUCAAGCUUAUCAGCAAUGACGGUACCGAGCUGGAGGUCAACGAGCUCCUGUGGGCUGUUGGUCGUGCCCCGGAGGUUGAGGAUCUGAACCUUAACAUCCCCGGCGUGAAGCUUAGCUCCAGUGGCCACGUUGUUGUUGAUGAGUACCAGAACACCUCCGUGGAGGGCGUCUAUGCCCUUGGUGAUGUGACUGGUCAGGCUGAGUUGACUCCAGUUGCCAUCGCCGCCGGUCGCCAGCUUGGUAGCCGUCUGUUCGGCCCUGCCGAGUUCAAGACCGCCAAGCUCUCAUACGAGAACAUCCCGACUGUUGUCUUCUCUCACCCUGAAGUUGGCUCAAUCGGUCUGACUGAACCUGAAGCUCGUCAGCAGUAUGGCGAUGACAAGAUUAAGAUCUAUCACACCAAGUUCACUGCGAUGUACUACGGCCUCAUGCCGGCUGAGGAGAAGGCUAAGAACCCCACCGAGAUGAAGAUUAUCUGCGCCGGUCCCCAGGAGAAGGUGGUUGGUCUGCACAUUUUGGGUCUUGGUGUCGGUGAGAUGCUGCAGGGCUUUGGUGUUGCCGUCAAGAUGGGUGCUACCAAGGCCGAUUUUGAUAGCUGUGUUGCUAUUCACCCUACCAGUGCCGAGGAGCUGGUCACACUGCGGUAA